CGGAAGGCUCUUCUCUUCUUGAGCUCGGCGGCCUCCUCGGCCCAUGAUCGCGGUUGUGUGUUGAUUGAAGGAAUUCGCUUAUCGACGCGCAAGUAUCGACGAGCGAAUGUAAUAGCCGUGAUGAGUCGGAUUGCGAGGGUUAGCGGGAGUUGGCGGGCACUACUAAUUUCAGCGUAGGGUUUCUUGCCCCGCCACGUGACUUUACUUUUUUUUUUUUUUUUCAAAUGGGCGGUGCAAGUGUUGUGGCUGGUGCUUCGGUCGUCGUGCGCCUCGACCCUAGUCCCGGAGAAUUGCCGGAUAGGGAGAUUAGAACUCGGCCCGCCGUUCUUGUAUACGUACCUUUGCUCCGUGUUGCGGAGCCGACUCGGGGGCCCGCGGAGGUGUCCCAAAAGUUCGUCGCACCUACAGCUCGUGUGGAAUCUCGCCUCGUCUCCGUGUCACUUGGACGGCGCGCCCCAAGAUGUGUGGAAUUCAGCUUGGCAAAUUGGAUGCUUUCUCACAUAUUCCACCAUUAUAGGCAGCUGUUGGCGAAGCAGUGUAGCAAGACUGACGCAAUUUUGAGGCUCGAGGCUUCAGCCAAGAUUCUCGUGUUCGCAUUGGCCACAUCAGCUUAUAAAAUGCGACGCGAUGCGUAACUUCACGGCAGG